CGCGGGCGGAGCGGGAGGCUGCCCGGCCGCUGCCUCCUCUCAUGCCUUCACGGCAACAAAGGGCGCGCUGAGCGGCGGACGCAGGCGCCGGGCUGCCGGUUGCGCUGCCAGCGCGGUGGGCGCCGGGAGACGAUGGCGAGGAAGGGGGAAGCCUCCGCGCCUCCCUACGGUGAACCAAGGAAAUUUGACCCAAAGUUCAGAGGACCUAUUCAUAACAGGCAUUGUACAGACAUUAUUUGCUGUGUAAUCUUCAUAGUCGUCAUUCUGGGUUACAUUGCAUUAGGAAUUGUGGCUUGGGUGCACGGGGAUCCUAGGAAAGUGAUUUAUCCAACUGACAGCUAUGGGCAGUUCUGUGGUCAGAAAGACACCUUCAAUGAGAACAAGACCAUUCUGUUUUACUUUAACAUUCUGAAAUGUGCCAGCCCAGUAGUGUUAAUAAACCUACAGUGCCCUACAACACAGCUUUGUGUCUCAAAGUGCCCAGACAGGUUUGCAACCUAUAUUGAUGUUCAGGCUUCCUACAGAUAUAAACCAGAUCAGUGGAAUUACUUCAAGCAGUUCUGCAAGCCUGGUUUUAACAAUCCUCGCAAGUCUGUUGCUCAAGUUCUACGUGAUGAAGAUUGUCCUUCGAUGAUCAUUCCAAGCAGGCCUUUUCUUAAGAGAUGCUUCCCAGACUUCUCAACAAAGAAUGGUGUGCUAACUGUGGCAAAUCAGACUACGUUCAGAGAUGGAAGAGGGAAAACAAGAAAUGUAACUGAUCUCAGGGAAGCUGCAAACGGCAUCAAUAAUGUCUUGGAUGCACGCUCAGUUGGAAUGAAAAUUUUUGAAGACUACGCCAUUUCUUGGUAUUGGAUACUAAUUGGGUUGUUCAUUGCAAUGAUUGUGAGUCUGCUCUUCCUUGUGCUGUUGAGGUUCACAGCUGGGGUUCUCUUCUGGAUUUUCAUCUUUGGCGUGAUUGGAAUUAUAGGUUAUGGCAUCUGGCAUUGUUACUGGGAGUAUGAUCAUCUCAAAGGCAUACCUGGAUCUGACCUCACCGUUUAUGAUAUCGGAUUCCAGACAGACUUCAGAGUGUACCUACAAUUGAGGCAAACAUGGCUAGCAUUUAUGAUAAUACUUUGUGUUGUUGAGGUCAUAAUAAUACUGAUGCUGAUCUUCCUAAGGAAUAGGAUUCGGAUUGCUAUUGCACUGUUGAAGGAAGGUAGUAGGGCUAUUGGCUAUAUAAUGUCUACAUUGUUCUACCCAAUUGUCACCUUCAUACUCAUUGCAAUUUGCAUUUCCUACUGGGCUGUGACAGCUGUUUUUUUAGCUACAUCAGGAGAACCUGUGUAUAAAGUAAUGGCUAAUCAAACACUGUGCAAGUAUGCAAACCUGACUUGUGACCCAGAGACUUUUAACACAACCAAUGUUACCAAAUUAUGCCCAGGUGCUCAGUGUACUUUUGCAUUUUAUGGAGGAGAAAGUCUGUACCAUAAGUACAUCUUCAUCUUUCAGUUAGCCAAUGCCUUUGUUUUUCUCUGGCUGGUAAACUUUGCAAUUGCACUGGGUCAGUGUACCCUUGCUGGUGCCUUUGCCUCUUAUUACUGGGCCUCUCGAAAACCAGCUGAUAUUCCACUGUGGCCACUCUUCGCUUCCUUUGGACGGGCAAUACGGUACCAUACAGGUUCACUGGCAUUUGGAGCUUUAAUUCUUGCAAUUGUCCAGCUUAUUAGAGUAAUACUGGAGUACUUGGAUCACAAACUGAAAGGUACACAGAACUCCUUCACUAGAUUUCUACUCUGCUGCCUCAAAUGCUGUUUCUGGUGUUUGGAAAAAUUCUUAAAAUUUAUAAACAGAAAUGCCUACAUCAUGAUUGCUAUAUAUGGUAAAAACUUCUGCACCUCAGCAAAGGAGGCAUUCUUUCUGCUCAUGCGAAAUGUGGUGAGAGUCGCAGUUCUGGACAAAGUUACAGACUUUCUUUUAUUCCUGGGGAAAAUUCUCGUUGCUGGUGGUGUAGGUGUUCUUGCGUUCUUUUUCUUCACACAGAGAAUACCAAUCUUUGCACAGGAAGCACCAGCAUUAAAUUACUACUGGGUACCAUUGUUGACUGUCAUUAUUGGCUCCUACCUAGUUGCACAUGGGUUCUUCAGCGUCUAUGCAAUGUGUGUCGAUACGCUUUUCCUCUGCUUUUGUGAAGACCUGGAGAGAAAUGAUGGAUCUACAGCAAAACCCUACUUCAUGUCAGCUAGCCUUCACCGAAUUCUAGGGAAGAAGGAACUGAGCCCUAAGAAGGCAGUAGGAUAACAUACAGUAAACCUCAACAUCAAAACAGUAUCAAUUUUAAUCAAAAUGUGUAUAAAAGGCACAAGUAAAAACAGUACAUGAUGCUUCUGGUU